AUGGACGCCUUCGUUGUCAUGAACGACAAGGUCCACACGAUGGUGGACUGCACAACAAAUUGGUUCGACGCAGGACACAGUGUGCAAGAGGAAUUGGAGAAGGGUUUGCCAAGGUUUCUGUGUGGGGUCACCAUGGAUGGGAAAUUGUGUGUGAUGUGGGAGUUCCAAGGGAAUUGGAAAGAGUUGGAGAUGUGGUGUGCUAAGAUGGGAGUGAAGAAGACUCCCGUUAGUGAUGAAGUUAAUCUUGUCACCUAG